UCAGCCAUGUUUCUCAUGAAAGAAGUCUUACGCAUGUUUAGUAAGCACAUCAUCGACUUCAAAAAAUCAAUUCUGUUCAUCCUAGGGCUCAUAUGGAGCUUCAAGAUGGUGGAGCAGACAUUUGUCAACAUAUUAAUCACGCGUCUCGCCACGGAGAAUAAUUAUGACCUCCUAGGCUCUGUGGGCGUCGUGAAUUUGCUGGAACUAUUGUACGUUCUUCUCAUACUGAUCUCCUCCUACGCAAGUAACAGAAUCAAGGUUUACAAGGGCCGUUUCUUCAUGGUGGUUUUCUCCACUACAUUUUUCUUCAUCGGAUUGAUACACAGCUUCGCGGAGGCUGGAAAUGACGAUGAAUGGCAGCUUAGUUUAGGGUUAUUCUACCCUGCUAUGGCGAUAAUGGCUUUUGGGCGAGGGGCGCUGGCCGUCACGCUGAAAGCAUUUCUCGACGACCAGUUUAGGUCGAAGUAUGGCGACGACAAUGAGAGACAACAACACACCAAAUUCUGGUGGUCUCUAGUCUCCUCAUUGGCUGCCCUCUUCGUUCAGGUGUCGCCUUUAACGGGAUUCGACUUGAAAAAACUCGAAAAAGUAUUAAUCGUUGUGAUGGGAUGUUUCUUCUUAGUGUUCACAUUUGGUUUUGAUUACUACUCCGAUGAUAAGGAGAGGAAACACAACGUUACUUCGAUUGCAAAAGUAAAGAGGCCAGUGAAUAUUUUGGCGUUGUGGGGUUGUUUAUCCGUUUUAAGCAUAGUUUUUGCUUCGGGAAGCACCUUCUUCUUCUUAGAAGCCAUCACGCUUAGUGACCGGGAAUAUAUUAUACCUGUCAUUCUCUUACUCGACAACUUGACUAGAUUCACGGGGUUUGUGGUCUCAGAAUCCUGCAGCCUCGUAAUAAUAAAACUCAAGGAGCAAAAGCGAUACAACAUACAGAAGAUGGAGCUGGUGAGAAUCGGCAUGGGAAUGUGGUGCUGCGUGCUGUGCUGCAACUUCGCUGUGGGUGUUUCGACACACAGGAAGUACGGAGCAGGUGGUAGCAAAAUGAGCGUAUAUUGGCUAACUCCACAGUUCUUUCUACUGGGACUGGUGAGGGGACUAGCUAAAGACGGGUUUCAAUCGUUGUACGAGUCUCAGGUAAGGAAAUACGGGUGGGCGUUGGGAGAGCUCGCGCGAGGAGUUGGUUGCUUAUUGAGCAUACUUUGCAUUCGCAUCUUCAGCGGGAAGAAUUUCAAAUGGUUCCAGAACAAUGUAGACACCAGUAGCCUCAACAAGUAUUAUAGUUUUUUGGCUGUUUUAAGUGUUGCGAAUGCUAUGCUUUACUGUUGGAUCGCGGGUUGGUACCUAGCCCAACCUUUCCUAGGGAAACUCAAACAAAAACGAGGUGGUAGAGUAAUGGAUAGCAGAAUGCACAAUCCAGAAGGAAGCUCCGGGAAAUAUGAUCAUGACGACAAGAAGAUGAAAGACAAGUCUUGGUGAAAUUCAUGAAUUGCGUUUGAUUUACAUGCAUGCAUGUUCAUAAGCUGCCAUGAUUUCAUAAAAUUAAACUGCGGCUUAUAUUUUUUUUUCUUUUUUGUUUUUAUUUGUUAUCAUAUUUUACUUCAUUUGCCAAGAUGUGGCAGGUGUGUUGUUGCUUUUAAAAAUGUUGUUGUAACAAACAAGGUACAUCCCUUGCUUAUGUAAAUCCAUUGUUUAUAUGUUUUUAUUGAUGCUAAA